UGCGCGCAUUUCACGGCUACACUGCGCUACAUGGUAACGCGAGUAAAGGCCUCGUGGAUAUUUAGUACAACGCGUCAUCAACGCAGCUCAACGGCGGAUUAGAAACGACGACGGCGACGGCGACGACGAGGACGGCGACGUUGGCAACUGCGCCUACAUAUUCCAGUUUUGGAUGCUGCGAGUAUAAAAAGCCUCCGACGCUCAAAGAUAAUCAAACAGUGUGAAUUUGACAACUGAAUCAACAUGAUCAAGCUUUCACUCUGCCUUAUCGCCACCCUGCUGGUCUGCGCCCAGGCUGACAACAUCAACCGGGACGCUCAAAUUCUGAGCGAACGCAACGAGCCAGCCGAUCCGGAGGGCAACUUUGCGUACAGCUACGAGACCAGCAAUGGCAUCCAACUACAGGAGUCUGGCAAUGCCAAUGGCGCCGCUGGCAACUUCGCUUUCGUGUCUGAUGAUGGCCAAAGAUACGAGUUGACAUAUACCGCCGAUGAGAACGGAUUCCAUCCCAGUGGAGCUCAUUUGCCUACGCCUCCACCAAUUCCUGAGGCCAUAAUUAGGUCGUUGGAGUACAUUCGAGCGCAUCCACCAGCACAGCUGUAA